GUCGUUCUGUACAAGUAAAUCCUCUUCAAUUAGAAAAUGAUAAUCAAAAGAAACUAUUUCAAAUAACUGAAGAGCAAAAGAAUAGAAGGCUUAAUUCUGCUGCUACGGCUCUUUCAAAAUUACCUCCAACAGAAGAAGAAAAACUUAUUAUUCAUGAUUGUUAUCUCGAAUAUUGCAAAUAUGCUGAAAAAACGCUCGAAAAUAUGAAAUGGAUGGAUGAAACAAUCAUGGAAUCGGUUACAUUAAUGCAACCGCAGAAACGAAAUAUACAUGGCUUCGUAUUUGGUGGAUACUUAAUGAAACUAGCAUAUGAGCUCGCAUUCUCUAAUGCAUCGGUAUUUUUGAAAAGUCGACCGACAUUUUUGGCUUUGGAUGAAAUAUCAUUUAGAAAACCCGUUCAUAUUGGUUCGAUUCUUAUCAUGACAUCACAAAUUGUUUAUGCGCCCGGGCCACCACAUAAAAGCUUUCAAGUUGCGGUAACUGCAGAUGUAUUAGACAUUGAAAAAGAAACUCGCGACACGACAAAUAUUUUUCAUUUCACUUUUAAUAGUGAUAACCCAGUACGUAAGAUUAUGCCAAAAACGUAUCACGAAUCAAUGAAAUUGAUUGAAGGAAGGAGAAGACGACAAGUUGGUUUGAAAUCGAGAGAUUUAAUUGUUCAGAAUUUGGAACUUCCAAUCAAUUUCCCUAAAUCACAAUAA